AUGGGCAAGACACCAAAUAAAAAAUUUACAACAAAGCCAAAUCCAACUGGUAAUACAGUGGCAGCUGACAAACAUUUAAAUUCAGUCUUUAAAUUUAAUACAAAUUUAGGUCAACAUAUUUUGAAAAAUCCAUUAGUUGCACAAGGAAUAGUGGAUAAAGCACAAAUAAGGCCAAGUGAUAUAGUACUAGAAGUUGGUCCAGGUACAGGUAAUCUUACAGUAAAAAUACUUGAAAAGGCUAGAAAAGUAAUAGCUUCUGAAAUGGAUCCAAGAAUGGCAGCUGAACUAACUAAAAGAGUUCAUGGAACACCACAAGAAAAGAAAUUAGAAAUAAUAUUGGGAGAUUUCAUCAAAAUGGAUUUACCAUAUUUUGACAUUUGCAUAUCUAACACACCUUAUCAAAUUUCAUCACCAUUAGUUUUCAAAUUAUUAAAUCAACCAAAACCACCAAGAGUUUCUAUACUAAUGUUUCAAAGAGAAUUUGCAAUGAGAUUAGUAGCUAAUCCUGGUGAUGAACUAUAUUGCAGAUUAUCAGCAAAUGUACAAAUGUGGGCAAAUGUAACACAUAUAAUGAAAGUUGGUAAAAAUAACUUUAGACCUCCACCACAAGUAGAAUCCAGUGUAGUAAGGAUAGAGAUAAAAAACCCUAAACCUAAUAUUGAAUUUAAUGAAUGGGAUGGAUUAUUAAGGAUUGUUUUUGUUAGGAAAAAUAAAACCAUAGCUGCUGGUUUUAAAUCACUGAAUGUAAUUGAUAUAUUAGAGAAAAAUUAUAAAACUUUUUUAGCUACUCAAGAACAACAAGAUGAUUCAAAAAUGAUAAUAGAUAAUCAAGCAAAUUUAAAAGAUUCAAUUAAAACUAAAAUCACUACUGUUUUAACAGAAACUGGAUUUUCUGAUAAAAGAGCUGGGAAAAUGGAUCAAACUGAUUUUUUAAAAUUAUUAUAUGCUUUCCACCAAGUCGGUAUUCACUUUGCAUAA